UUCUUCAGGAUUCACGUCAGUAUUUAUUGGCCACUUUUGGCGACUCGUCAAGAGAUUUGUGUGCCUCAGUAAUCAGUCAGAAUGUUAUCACGUAUUCAGUAAUGUUAAACUUUCUUAAUGUUCAGAUGCCGCCACGUAGGGAACCCGAUCAUCAGGCUCCUACUCAGGCUACGGUAGUCGCUCAGUUCCGCGACUAUCACGCCGAAAAGUUCUUAGGGCAGGGAAAUCCCCGCAUCGUUGAUGAAUGGAUUCAGGGCUUAGAGUUUAUCUUUGAGGUCAUGGAAUGCCCUGAUAGGUAUCAUGUAGUUUGCGCUCAGCUUCAGCUCACUGGUGAUGCAAGGCUCUGGUGGAAUGCCUACUGGAGCAUGCGUCCCGAUGAAAAAGCGGGUU